UGGACGUCUUUUGUCUGUAGCACCCAACAUUUUACAACACAAACGACAACAGUGUGCCUGAAAGACAAACACAUCUACAUGAUGGGAGACUCGACUUUGAGACAGUGGUUUGAGUUCUUUGUGAAAGAAGUACCAACGCUGAAGCAGAUGAACCUGCAUGUCCAAUAUCAGUCAGGGCCGCUCCUAGCAGUGGAUGUGGAGAACAACAUUGACUUACACUGGAGGGCUCACGGUGUUCCUCUGCGCACUCUGAAAACAGCAGUUGCUGAUCUGCACUACAUCAGUAAUGAGAUCGAUGACCUUGCUGGAGGACCCCACAUGGUCAUUAUGUUCAAUCUGGGGCCACAUUUCACCACGUACCCUUUGGAUUUCUUCACCCAGAGAGUGUGGAGGAUCCGCAAAGCUGUUCUAGCAUUGUUACAGCGGGCGCCUGACACUACCGUUGUAAUCAAGACUGUCAACACUGGCUAUAAGGAUAUUUUCGGCAGUGACUGGUAUUCUCUACAGUUGGACAGAAUUCUGCGAUGGGCUUUUCAGGAUGUUGGUGUUUAUAUUCUGGAUGUGUGGCAAAUGACGGCCUGUCACUACAGCAAAGAGAACAUUCAUCCAGGCCCUGUCAUCAUCAAAAAUGAGAUUGACAUUUUACUAUCUUUUGUUUGCCCUGAAUAAAAUUUAAAUGAUUAAAUUUUACUACAUUUGAAAAUUCAGGUCAUGUGUAGGAAAACUACCAUGAAAUACUGUGUGACAGUGUUUAAAACAAGUGUGUGCAUGUUUACUAUAAACGGGUCACAUACACACUGGAAUUAAUUGCAGUUUUAUUCCUGCAUUGGUUUCCAAAAACACAUAUACUAUCUCUCAUAUUGCUUUAAGUCAGCGGUUCUUAAUCCUGGUCCUCGUAACCCCCCGCUCUACACAUUUUGUAUGUUUCUCAUAUUGCUUCAGAGAUUUGUUCCACUCGACCGUAAGUGCCUGCUACGUGGAUAUCACAGAAUAUUUUGCCAUUCUAAGAGACAUGACUACUAUUCAAAUCUCAUGAUCACAGUUAAAAAACCCUUCACACUUCCAGUACAUUAUGUCUGUGAAGACGCUGCAGGCAGUGGUGUAGUGUAAAUCUGUGCCGAUUUCCCAUGUGCAGGCAGUAAAGAGCAGUGAACACUGAACACUGAUAUAGCACAUAAUGUUUCCUAUAUUGACACCUGCAAAACACAUAGAUGAUGGACACACAAUUCACAAAAGAUCGCUGCUAAUCAAAUAUUUUGUCUUUGAAUCAUGAUUAUAGAUUUUAUUAUAUAACUAAAAAUGAUGAUAAUGAGUUCUCUAAGGACACUAAAUGCCAACAGCAUGUAGGUAUAAUAUAAUGAUCAAUUAUCUAAUGCAUCAUGAUUCUUAAACGAUUCUGAAUUUUGUGUUUGACGAGUUUGCACUUACAUAUAAUCAGAUUGAGCAAACAGAAAGUAUAUUUGGCAUGCUGUCCGAGGGGAGGGCUCUGAUCUUGGAACAUAGCCUGGACCCAGAGAACUCCCCAUAUCCCCAAGCUGGGGUAAGUUACGAGUGAGGAGUUGGGGUGGAGGAGGGAUGCCGGAAAAAACUGUUAUCUGUCAUGGGACAGAGAUGAGACGGCUGCAUAUUUCACGAGUUCACACUUGCAUAUAAUGAACUGAGUAAAGGUUAUGCGUAUUUGGCGUGCUGUCCAGGGAGAGGGCUCCGAGCUCGGUACUUACCCCCGAGCCCAGGGUACUCCCCCUGUACAGAGAGAGGGGUCCGAGCUCUGCAUUUAGCCCGGACCCAGAGCGUUCCCCCCAAAGAUGCAAUAAGCACGGGACAGCAGCCAAAGAGGCAUGUUGAUACCCCCCAAAAUCGUCAGAGCUUAAUGUUGGUGGGGUGCUGGACGUCGCUUGGAGUAACGGCACUGCUGUGGCCUUAGCGAAGAGAGUUUAGCUACUGCGGGAGCGGACACUGCUGCGGCAUCUGAAAAACAAAAAAGAAAGUGGCUUCUACGGAAGCUGGCACUGCUGCAACAUCUGAGAAGAGAAUGUGGCUUCUGCGGAAGCAGGCACUGCUGCGGCAGUGGGAAGUAGAGAUGAGUGGGAAGUAGGGAUAGAGGGUCCUGCGGAAGUGAGAACUUCUGUGGAAUCUGAAAAGAGAAUGUGGCUUCUAUUGAGAAGGUCACUGCUACGGCAUCUGGAAAGAGAAGGAGGCUUCUGUGGGAGCAGUCACUGCUGCGGCAGUGGGUAAAUACAGAUAGGGCUCCAACGGGAGCAGACACUGCUGCGGCAGUGGAGGAAUAUAGAAAAGGCUCCUGCGGGAGCAAAUCACUGCUACGGCAAGAGAAGGAGGCUUCUGCGGAAGCGUGCUCUGCUACGGCAGUAGGGAAAUGCAGAUAGGCAGGGUUCCCACGGGUCCUUGAAAUCCUUGAAAGUUUGUGAAUCUGAUAAAACAUUUUCAAGGCCCCGGAAAGUUUUUGAAAAUAAACAAACAUAGAUACAGGUCCUUGAAAAUUCCAUAUUAUUCCCUCUAGUGUUGUCACGGUACCAAAAUUUCAGUAUUCGGUACCGAUACCAGUCAAAAUCCACGGUUCUCGGUAUCAAUUUCGGUACCACAUGCUAAUUAAAAAAAACACACUAUUUUUAAUAAUAAAGUCAAACAAAAAUUAAAAUGUACAAAAAUCAAUGCCAUUCUUUAUACUUUAUUUAAAUUGUGAUUCAAGUUUUUCCGCAAGUAAUAAAAGUAUGAAAAACAGUAAACAAGUUUCACCCAAAUUUAAUUUGUCUUUUAAUUAAUUUUAAACACAUUGUAUUGUUUUGGUAUAUA